AUGACAUCAAAUUAUUUCAGCACCGAGUAACGACGACGCUUUUUUAUUUAUUAAUUUUUCAAAUGUAAAAUUCAAUAAAUCUGUUGUCAAAUGGAUGUUACAUUUGGAUUGCUUUCCAGCCUAGUAAAAACGAAAUCGAUUCAAAGAGUUCUCGCACCUAUCGCGUCACAGAUUUCGCUGUUGAUAAUACUGAAUGAGUCUGAGGAUGGUUCCAACAUGCAUCUGGGAGAGAUGGUUCCCUGCGCCAAGGUUGUGAUGCAGGCCUCGUACAAGCUGGUCACUGUUGCCAAGCAGCAGGCUCAGUCCUCGUCAGAUCAGGAGUUCAGAGCUCAGAUGCUGAGUGCGUGUGAAGUGUUGGAGCUGUCCAGUUCCAAUCUGUAUGUGGCAUCUGAGAGACUGGAGGCCUCAAACUCCAGCAAGGAGGCCCGCAGCAAACUCAUUCAGGCCAGCAAGGAUGUGCUGCAGGGAACCAUGAAGGUGUUGUUGGUGGCAGACGACGCUGAGAUACGCAGACUGGUUGCAGCUUCCCACAUCCUGAGUGAAAAGCUAAAGGCUUUGAACUCAGUCACUCAGAUGCAGAACUUGGUGGCACUUUUUAAGGAGUUCACAGAAGCCCUUACAGUGAUGACUGCUUUGGCGGACAGGCGUCAAAGGGAGGUAGUCAGUGCAAGGCAGAGGGAGAGAAUGAUUACCUCCCUUGCGAUCCUCAAGAAGUCCAUCUCCCCACUGAGUGUUGCUGUACAGAAUGCCAUCAAGUACAACCAGAACACACAGGCACAGGUUGGCAGGACCUAUGUGAUUCAAGAGAUCCAGGCUGCCAUGACAGAGAUUGUAGAGGCCGUACAGAACAGAGACCUAGACACCGAGGAAGAGACUACAUACUCACCAGACGAGGCCGGCCUGUUUGUUACAAAUGUGGACCACGCGUUAGAAUGUCUGAGUGAAGAGAAGCGCGGUACCCUUCAUAUGGACCUGGAGAUGUGGACAGAGGAGACAGUGAGGCACAGCAUGACUGUGGCCCACCUGUGUACUGACAGCCACAGGGAUGCCAUCAUACGCACUUGUCAGAGGGUGAUACAGGAGAAGUGUCGGUUAGUGGAGCUACACAGGUCCUACCAGGCACGGACGGACGACUCUGCAGCCAGAAAGGAGUUCUGGGACUCCUGUGAGACCCUGACUGACGUAUUCUGUGAGGUGGAGAAGCAUGUGAACAUCGCCCUGCUGCACCUGAUAGUGGACAACUUUAGGGAGAGCUCUGAGCCUCUCGAGAGACUCGUCAAACAGGCCCUGAGGCAGGACACAGACAAGGCGUUGGGCAGUCACAGCAAAUUUGUUGUUCAGUUUGAAGACUUUGUGGAAAAGAUAUGCCAGAUAUCCCUUCUUGCUGCAGCCAGCUCAACAGAUGCCAGGCGGGUUCAAGUGAUCCGGGUCACGGUACAGCGCCUGGAGCGUCUGGACCCUGACCUGGUUGCCGCGGUGAUGUCACUGUCUCAUCGCCCUGACGACAGCAGUGCCAUCGCCCACCUGAAACUUCUAAUGAAUCAGUGGAGCUUUGAGAUCACCAACCUGCUGCAGGUCAUAGAUGAGAUGACAGACCCAAAGAUGUUCAUACUUGUGUCUGAGAGAAAGGUAGAGGAAGACAUCAACACCAGCAAUGGCAGCCUGUUGCUAGGAGACCAGGAGUUGUUGAGCGCCACCUUGCAGUCGUUGCAGGGCCGCAGUCGACGAGUCGCCCAGGUGGCGGAACAGAUCGUGGACGGGCACACUGACCCUCUGUACAGGAACGGGCUCAUGGCGUUUGUGCAGAAACUGAAGAAAGCUAUAACUGGUGUACGUAUUGCUGGGGAGAACAUUCUCCAGGAUUUCUCCAGUGACCUCUACAAGGGUGUCCUGCACAAGAGGUUCGACCAACUGCAGGAUGCCCUGGCCAGGGUGAAAGCUGGUCUCAGUGACACCAACCAUCCCAGAAUUCUUAGCCCCCUGAGACGGGAUGUCAGGAGAGCUGGGAGGAAGUCAGUCCCUGAAGUAACCAUACCAGACCUAACUUCAAGAGUGUCAUCAGACAUACAAUUAUCGAGACCUCCUCAACCACGUUCUGUACAAGUCCAACGCCACGGCGAUCGUAUCGUAGCAACGUCAGUUCCAAGUCUUCACAAUAAGCCACGCACAGCUGAGCAACUAUCUCACAAGAUUGAGAAAUACAAGAGUACGAGUCAUGUGGAGUCACCUACAGUUCCAGACACUUACCCAUGGCAGAUAGUGUCAGAGCUGCGAACCUGGUGUACCAAGGGAGACAAGCAGCGUGUCAAUCAGCUGUGUACCGACCUGUUGGGAUGGACCAACCAUGUGGCAGAGGUCACACAGGGAACCCUGCAACACUGUUAUGAUGGUGUGAAACACAAGGAGAUGACUGCUGUGUGUUACUCAGUGGAUGAGACAGUGUCAGAGCUGAUAGAGACAGCAAAGUGUGUCUUGCAUGGGGACUUCAGUCAGCUGGAUGACCUCCUUACACAGUCACAUAGCUGGGCUACAAAGGUGGAGAAGCUACGUGUGUUUGUGGAUCUGACAUCGGAGACCUGGUCCCAACUGGCAGCAGACGUCCACACAGCAGUGAAGAUGGGCAAGCAGGAUCUGGUCAUCUCCCAUGUGGAGAAGGUGCAAGCCCACUAUGGGAUGGUCAGUGAGCUGGUGGGAGUCUGUCAUAGACUACCGGAGAAGAGAUUCCAGGGACGGGAAAUUGUUGAGAAUCUGCAAGAGGAAGUGAAUGACCUGGAAAAUUUAACAGUUACUUUCAGAACUACUGCUCAGAUGCUGUCAGAACAUGGCUUGCAUGCAGAGCUUGUUCAAGUGGAUCAGGUUGGGAGAGAGUGGGCAGUGAAAAUGUACAGUGUGGUGUGUAACCUAAGCAAGUUGAAUGCUUCCCUGCUUGGACUGGGACUGGCCAGGAAACUGUGGCCCACUCUGGAUACGCUGGGAGCAAACCUGUGUGACUUUCUGGCUGCAGAGAAUGGCAUGAUUGCAAACCUUGGGACGUGUGCUUGCUAUGGCAAUGAAGACUUUGAGAGGGAGUAUCGGGCCCACCUAUCAAAUAUGACAGAGAUUGUUGCAGAUAUCAAGUCCCUGUAUAUGAGAUGUCCCACCCCAGUGUGUCUAGAACGCCAGGCUUCUGGAUUGUAUACUGAACUCCGGAUUGGCCUGCAUAGGGGACGAUGGAUAUUAGAUGCCUUGGAUUGUGUGGACCUUGCCCUACACCAGACUGCCCAGUGUACUACCUCAGUUGACCGUAUUGUAGAGCACAUAUUUGAGACCAAAGCUGCUACAGGUGACAAGAGAACUGUAAUGCAGUCAGAGCUGGCAGCCCUUUGGUCUGGAUUUUCUGACAUGGUGUCCAGUCUGCGCAAGAAAGUUCUGAGUGGUAUCCAGCUGUCCUCGGAGCUGAGCCUGCGCUCAUGUGUCAGGCAGUGCUUAGACGCGGUGAAUGAACUUGCUCCACGGGUAGUAGCAGUGCUUGAAACAUUAGCAGAGAGUGGUGACACAGGUUGCUAUGGCACGGUGCUGUGGCACAGACUGCUGUGGGCUGCCAGACUACAUCAUCUCAUGACCUGCCUCAGGCAGAUGUCUGAUCUGAAACCAUACUUUCUGCACGAUGUCUCAACCCUGUUAAGACUUCAAGGUACCCCGUCACAAUGUGAGAACAUCACAGCCAGACUGUUAGAGACCACUUCAGCCAGUCAAACAAGGGAAACAAACAUGUCUGCUGCAGCACUUUUACCUUUACGGUGCUCCCUAAAAGGGGAGAAUAAACAAAGCCAAUCCGAUAAUUAUGUUGAAAGAAAGGUAGACAUUGGCUCGAGUAGUAGUAGAGGGAUCCAAAAUACGCUCGCUCAGACUGUUGACUCUCCGAAGAAGGGCUUUAUGUCAGGUCUACGGUUUAUGGACGAUGUUUCCAACAAAGAAAACAUAAUUGACUUUGAACCGGUUGUGGUGAAGCUGGACAAGAUGGAAGAAAAGAACUUGUUUGCAAGUGAACACAACAGGCUACAGGCCACUAACACAACGGACUCAGAUCCUACCGUGCAUUUGGAUCACACUGUCCGCACCAAAAGUGUGUUGCAAGUGAAGACAAUGCCCACAGAGCCUCCGUAUUCAAAACAUACGCAUCAUAACCCUGCGGCUGAUAGCUCUCAACUCACCCAUCACAACAGAUUGGCAGCAAGUUCUCCACAAGCGAGUCAAAAGACGGCGGAAUCAAAAGCAGGAAAUAUGUUUGAACUUUUGAAAGCAGCCCAGUAUAUAGAGCGUGCUACCAUAGGGUGGGCAGACAUGGACAACCCUAUUGUUAAGGUUGCUAGGACAAUGUCCACGCAGGUCAGAGAUAUGGCUCAGUACAUCAGACAGGAGGGACCCAUACAGAACCACAUGGGCCUGAUACAGACGGCCAGGGCUGUUGCUGAGAACUCUGAUAAAGUCCUGCAGUUUGCAACACUACUGGCAAAACACUGUAUUGACAAAAGUUUCAGUGCAAACCUUGUGUCCUCCUGUAUGCAGGUUCCCCUCAUUCGACAGCAGUUGAACAUCCUGGCCACAGUUCAGCUUGGAACCGUCAACACACAAAAUCAAUUCUGUCUGUAUGAGAACUGUCAGGCUGAUCGAACGCUGGUACAUAAUGCUCAGAACUUGAUGAAGAAAAUUAUUGAAACAGUAACUGCAUGUGAGGCUGUUUGUGUUAAGGGUGUGCAGCCCAGCCUGCAUACGGAGUCCCCCAGUGCCCAUCAGCUGGCCAUGCGCUGGCGUCAACAACUGACCGCCCACAGGCAGGACUGUGUCCUUGAGAGCGACCUUGACCUUCUGGGCCUGAGGAUAGUGGAGAGCGGCACACUGCCUCCAUCCCUAACACAGAUAUUCUCUGCCUAAUCAUAGAAUUUGGUAGUAGUAGAUAAAUGUUACAGUGAUUACAAAUAUGGCGAUGACACUAAAAAUAUUGCAUUGACAAUUGGAUACAGGUAUGCAAUGUGUAAAGCGUCUAUUGGUAUGUUUCAACAAAUGAUAGCACCUGCUUGUAAAAUAUCACGCCAUAUAGUACAAAUUACUUUAUAUAUGUUGCACUUUAAGCUGUUGUCUUUUUUGGUGAACAUAUUUAUUUCCCCAGUUACCCAAAUGUAAUGGUCCAUUGCCUUAAGGUAUUUGUCUUUCAUGUUUUAUGACGUACAAACAAAUGAUACUCGUGAAAAAUAAAUAAGAAUCUGAAUACUUAAAAGUAAAUAUGGGAUGCCACAAAAUUGUAUGUACUUAAUUUCUGUUGAUUUAAUGUUUAGAUAUUGCUUAAAAGUUGACACCUGAAUCUCAUGAACUGGUAGGUAAUUGUAAAGGCAUGAAUUUUAGCUGUCAGAAAUUUUGGCAGAAUUAUGGCCCUUUGUAUACUCAAGUGAAAAUAUCUGAUAAUUUCUAAUUUACUUUUUUUAAUUCACACAAAUUAUCAGAGAAGUACAGUUUAAUGUCUUGAGAGUUAGUGACAUACCCUUUGUCUAAAUAUGUCUAAUGGGGGCAUUCAUGUCUGUCACACAUCUUGUUCUAAAAUAUAAAAAAAUAUCCUGUGCAGCGUAACAAAUAUCAUAAGGUGUCUUGCUUUAGUGUUGAUGUUUUCAUGAUAUUUUAUUUUUAUUUUAUUUAAUAAACUUUACUUCAUGUUUUUAUUAUGGUGCUUGAGAUGGGCUGGUGAAUAUGGGUUGUAUGAAUUAUCACGUUAAAGUAUGCUCAUGUGAUAACUAUUUGAUUUAAACAUCUUAGGCAUUGAUAACAUGCUCAGUAUCUUCUUGCUUUCUCAGUCUGCAUCAUUUUGUCUAUAGCUCCAGAAUAACGUAUCCUCCCCCCAAGGCAGAGGGAUAUAGAAUUUGCAUUGUCUGUCAGUCCGUCUGUCUGUCGCAAAAUUAUUUUUUUGUGUGGGGGAUAUCAAUUCAACUAGUUUGCUUGUUUUACAUCAGAGGUCUGUUUUUAAUUACUGUAAGAAAUCUUCAAAAUGAUGAGUUACCGUAGAAAAAAUAUGGAAAAAAGAAUACCCAUCUUGAUUUAAUACUUACAGUUGUUGCAGGUCAAUGAAGGAUAACUGAGAUUUUGUGUGAAAUAUUUGUCUUUACCUUGAAAUCUGUGAUUAAUUUACUUGUGAUACAUUAUACAUUAUUUGUAAUGUAAUCCUGUAGCUUUAACCAAAGGCCAGUGUGUUAUUCAAAUUUGUCAGCAUUUAUUAUUUUAAUAUAUCUGUUUGCAUGGUUUUUCUGUCUCAAUAUAAGACAGAUUAAGUUCAGAUUAUUGUAUCAACCAAUAUUUGAUUGAAAAUAUGUAUAUAUUUCAUUUAGCAGUUUAUUUUACAUCUAAAAGUGUGCAUUUGUAUGUCACUGCCAACAUUUUAUCUGUUUUUCAAUUAUAUCCAUUAUUGAGACACUCACAAAUAUUUCAUAUAAAUUCAUAAUGACUAAUGUACAUUCUCUGGAUUAAUUCUUGUUGAGCUUUUUUAAAUUGAAAUUUUAUUGACUUUAUUAUGUGAAAUCUUUUCCUUUCUAAGCAAGACUGUCUUGAUUAAUAUUGUAAAGAAAUAAUGGCCAGUGAAUCCAUCACUUUAUAGAAAAAUCUAUAGAAUACAUGUACUACAGAAGGCAAGCCAAGUGUUCCCAGUUUACUUAUAAACCUACACUUUGCUCCUUAUAAGUAUUCUUACAGGAAUUUCAAAGGUUUAUUUUUAACCAGGUUUUUAACCAGGUUUUCCGAAGGAAAAAACUGGUUAUUAGAUUGGCGAAUGCGGGCGGGCUGGCUGGCUGGCGGGCGGGCGGAACAAGCUUGUCAGGGCCAUAACUAUGUCGUUCAUUGUCAGAUUUUAAAAUCAUUUGGCACAUUUGUUCACCAUCAUUGGACGGUGUGUCGCGCGAAAUAAUUACGUCGAUAUCUCCAAGGUCAAGGUCACACUUUGAGUUCAAAGGUCAAAAAUGGCCAUAAAUGAGCUUGUCCUGGCCAUAACUAUGUCAUUCAUUGUGAGAUUUUAAAAUCAUUUGGCACAUUUGUUCACCAUCAUGGGACGGUGUGUCGCACAAUAGAAUCACGUCAAUAUCUCCAAUGUCAAGGUCGCCACGACUAAAAAUAGAUUAAAAAAAAAAAAAAAAACUUACAAAGGGGGUUAAUUUUGUUUGUUCAUUUCAAAAGUUCAGUUUGAGUUUUCUCCCUUUAUCAGAUUUUUUUUCACAAUGAAAACCUGGUUUUGUGACAAUUUUGUCCCUUGUUUAAUAUUUUUCUACACAUGAUUAGUUAUAAAAUAAUUAUUUCUGAUUUAUACAUUGUAUUAUGAAACAUUAAGUUUUAAAUGUAAAUAUUCAAUUAAUUAAAAUAUAUUGACUGAGCGUUAAGCUUAGAACUCCCUGUAAUUUACUUUUUAAUGGUCUAAAUAUGUAAUGAUUUGCUCAUAACUUUAAUGUACAAGUGUGUAUUAUUAUUUUUAAUGAUGUAAACAUUAAAGAAUAUGUAUCAUAAA